AUGCACUCCCUUACCACUGCACUCGUUGUGCUGCUCCCCCUCGUGUCUGCUCACGGCCACGUCGACAAGGUCAUUGCUGAUGGCGUGACGUAUCAAGGCUGGAACGCGGCGCUCAAGUAUCAGAACCCGAUCCCACCGACAGUCGGCUGGCAGGCUGAUAACCUCGACAAUGGCUUCGUGACGCCCGAUCGCUUCGGAACCGUGGAUAUCGUGUGCCACAAGUUAGGCAAGAGUAAUGGUGCAUACGUGUCCGUCAAACCUGGGUCCAAAGUGACAUUCAAAUGGGAUACCUGGCCGACAACCCACGCAGGCCCAGUGCAAGAAUACAUAGCCGCAUGCAAUGGCGACUGCGGCGCCGCGAAGCCCGAGGCUCUCUUCUGGACGAAGAUCCAAUCCGGCGCGUGGAAAUCCGGAAGCAACCCAGGCGCGUGGGUGACGGACGACCUGGUCAAGAACAACUUUUCCUGGGACCUGACCUUCCCCAACGUCGCGCCGGGCAACUACGUUGUGCGCCACGAGAUCAUAGCGCUGCAUGCUGCGGGCCAGACCAACGGCGCGCAGGCGUACCCGCAAUGCGUCAACUUCAAGGUAGAGGGAAGUGGAACGAACAAGUUAGCCGGCGGUGUGCCGGCUACGAGCUUUUACAAGCCAACGGAUCCGGGUAUCUUGUUCAAUUUGUACACCAAGUAUGAAGGGUAUACGGUUCCCGGGCCGGCGUUGGUCAAGUUGGCGAAGAGGGAAGAAAGGGAGCAUGCUAGGGCAUUUGCAUAG